AACAGGGUGAGGGGCGAGAUCGAAUCCCGAACUCGCUAACUACGAGUCAAUUGCAGGAGGAGUAACCCAUCAUCUGCAACGUUUAAAUAUUUUUUCACAAGCCAAUUUUGUUAUUUCAGAAAGAAAACGAGCAUUCUAUCAUUCUUCAACAGAAGGUUCUUUGACGAAUAAACUGUUUUAAUGCUUUUAGUGAAUCCUUUAAAAAAGAUACUAUUCUCUAAAAGUUUUAUUUUAAAAAAGGAAAAAUCAAGAAAGCUACUAUUGAAGACUUAACAACCUUUCUAGUGGUAUCUCUUAUAAUAUAUGAUAUCUUUAUUGUCUCCCCUUGGGGUUGCAAGGCACUUUUCGAGGGAGUGUUUCCGAACCCUUUACACUUGCAAUUUAUCCUAUUUUCGCUUGCGUGAAGGAGUCGUGGAUCCCGUGGCUUAUGCCGGCCUCCUCCACCCUUGGUGUCUCUUAUAAUAUGUAUGUAUGCUGCUACAGAGUUUAACGUCCUUAAACAUCCUUUCCCUGCAUCUAAGCUUACUCUUUCUGACGAGGCAUCUCUUGCAGAAAAGACGUGGUCGAUAAUAUUGAGUGAAAUACGUGUGAAUAUCGCACGAGCAUUUUUUUACGUGGAGUUUUUCCACUCGUCACUUCCGUCACACAGCCUCACCCUUUUCCGCAAUAAUAAAAACUUGCUCUAAAGCGGUAAGAAUUGCCUAUGAGCUGUAGCGUAAUAAUCGCCUGCGUGAAAAAGCCUGUACGCGAGAAAAGAAAUUGACUAAAGACAAUUUCCGUUUGCAGAUCCCACCGUUGGUUUCUUUCCCAUGUCAUUACGCGAAUAUUAUAUGCGCCCUGUCGAUCAAUUUUCCGUUUGAGAAAUUUUCACUACCGCGUGUAAGUGCGUGUGCCUCUCUUCGAUGUAAUUUACCUGGCAAUGCCGCGAAAGAAAUAAGAAAUAAUCGGACGGACUUUAAAAGAAAGGGGGAGAAAUUGCUGUAAUAAUAAAGUAACGGGUUCGCUUCUGCAGUCAGUUCUUUCAAGACUUUCGAAACAAAUGGAACAUUCCGAAGAGCAUUACUACAAAGUGAGCCGAUUUCUUCUAUCGGCUAGCGGACUAUGUCCUUAUCAAAGCAAGCGGAGCACGCACUUAACAAGAGGUGUUUACUCGGCCAUCAUGCUAUCGUCUAUAUUUUUUCAGAUAGCCAGCUUCUUUACAUAUGACCUCACUGCAGAAUUUAUUGUGGAAGGAAUACCGUCGCUUAUAAUGAUAGUUGGAGGCGUGAUCAACACGUACACGCGUAUCGGACAUGUAGACAGAUAUAGAGAAUUAUUCGAACGUAUGUCGAGAGACUGGGCGUUGCAAAAGACACACGAUGAGAGCAAGAUUAUGCACGAGCAUGCUGAGAUCUCACGAUUAUUUACAAUUGGUUUUCUGAUCGUGGCGUAUAUAUUCAUAGGAGGCUACAAUAUAUGGAUGGUCGUACCAGAGAUCCUAGACAUGAUAUUCCCUAUGAACGAAUCUCGCCCGCGGAGGCGACCCUUUAAUGCUGAAUUUUUUAUCGAUGAGGAGCGAUACUUUUACAUCAUCCGGUCCCACAUACAUGUCGUACUAUUGUACAUGCCUAUAACUUAUAUCGCCUGUUCCACUUUAUAUUUUACUCUCACACAACAUGUUUGCGGAAUGUGCGAGUUGCUGGGGUAUCGGGCGGAACGCCUAUUUUGCGUUGUCGAGGACGAGAGGGCAUGUGAUUUAAUUUGGAAGUCAAAAAUAAUUUACGAAAACAUGGCCGUUUUUGUACGGCAGCAUUACGAAGUAAUAAAAUUCAUUGGUAUAAUCGAAACUUGUCACACGGUACCGUUUUUUAUGGAUCUCACAGGAGUAGUGUUUAUGAUAAGCCUUUCGUUAAUCCAGGUAUUAACUAUUUCCGACGCCGAACGAGCUAUUAGAUCUAUCGGUGUCUCCAUGGCAGGACUGGGUUAUGUAUUCAUAUCUUGUUAUAUGGGACAAAAGAUUACGGAUGCGAGCACGAAUAUAAUUGAGAAAAUAUUCAACUCUACGUGGUACAACGCCGUCGUUUCACAGCAGAAGGCACUAUUGAUGAUAAUGAUGCGACGCUGUCAUCCGAUUAUCUUGACCGCUUGUAAAUUUUACAUAUUGUCUUUGCAGAAUUUCGGAAUGAUACUUCAAACAGCAAUCUCCUAUUGCAUGUUCUUCAGAUCCUAAAAAUGUUUCUGUCAAAUUGUAAGCGUAGAAGUAACGUAGAAAAUCCGCGGGAAUAUUAGGCCGGUGUUCUUCUUACGAUGUAAAAAACUUCUUACCAUGUAAAAAAUUAUAUUAUAUAAAAACAGGAAUUUGUUGUUACGGUUUACAGGUAAGUAAAUAGGUAAAUAGAAAAUAAACGUGGCAUAUAAUUAAAAACAAGAAUUAAGAAACUCACAAGGCAAUUUCUUUUUAGAGUACCACAAUAUUUUUUCGAGUAUUUAAAAUAGUGACACAAUUUUUUAAAUAGUACUUAUUUCAGUGAGAAAUUCGUUGAUAAUUUUAAAUUUGGUUUGUCUUACGCGAGAAAAUUCAAUUUCUCAUAUUUCAUCCCGAGGUAAAUACCUGUCUACUUUCUGUAUAUUUGCCUAUAGUAUUAUCCAAAAAAUCAUCUUUUGGGGAUACUUGUAAAUAAAAGAUUUCAAAGGAGCCUGCCGUUAAAAUUCAAAAUUGUUUCUCAUAUAUUUUCUAUAGGAGAAACGUUUCUUGACGAUUUUAGGUCGUCAUGUAAAAUAAACGGCUAUGCAAAAUAAAAAAA